AUGCGUUUCUCCGCCCUGUCUCUGAUCCCUCUGGCUGGCCUCGCCGCCGCCCUGCAGGUGACCCAGCCUGGAAAGAACGAUGAGUUCAAGACCUCCGACUCCAUCACUGUCAAGUGGUCUUCCGUCAACACCGACGCCUCUUCCUUCAACAUCUACCUGGUGAACAACGCUGUCUACCCUCCCGUCAACAAGGAGAUCGCCACCAAUGUCAAGACCUCCGACAACUCCUACACCAUCAAGGACCUCUCCGGUCUCAGCGCUGGCUCUGGCUACCAGGUCAACCUCGAGUCUGACUCUACCCAGAACACUGGUAUCCUUGCCCAGUCUCAGCAGUUCAACAUGACCGGCUCUGCCCAGAGCUCCUCCUCCUCUUCUUCCUCUUCCUCUGCCUCCUCCACCGAGACUUCUUCCUCCUCCGCCACCUCCGAGAGCGCCUCCAUGACCACCAUGACCACCACCGGCGAGUACACCUCUGGCUCCAUGACCAUGACCACCACCGGUACUUCCACCGGCACCGUCUCCGCCGGUACCGCCACUGGCACUUCCACCGGCACCAAGGCCUCCGGCUCUGCCAACGCCAGCGGCACCUCUAGCACCGCCAUCCCCACUGGCAACGCCGGUGUCGCCGUCCGCCCCGCCGCUGCCUUCGGCCUCGUUGCCGGUGCUCUCGCUCUCGCUCUGUAA